AUGGACCAGGAAGCAUUCCGACAGCUGGUCUCAUCGUCCUCGACCAUCUCUCCUACCGCAUCUCCCUCCCGAUCCUUCGGCAAGACACCCAAACGAGCCCCCACCUCCACCACCACCGCCGUCGCCGCCUCCUCCACCUCAUCCACCAAACCAUCCGACCUAAAACCGCGCAAGCUCUCCUCCAACUACAUCGAUCGAGCAUCCGCACGACGAUCCGGCCACACCUCCUCCGAAUUCAACGACAUCGAAUCGCUCCACCGCGACUUUGAAGAACGAAUCGCUGCAGCGGAGACCGAGCAGGAAAGGCAAACGUUGCGCGAGCAGAUCAGUAGCGUCGGUGGAGAUGCGAGGUAUUCCGUGCUAGUCAAGGGGCUGGAUUGGGCGUUGUUGGCGCAGAACAAGGCUAGGAUAGAGAAGGAAAAGGAUGGUGGGGAAGGGACGGCGGAGGGAGAGCUCGAAGAGGCGUAUCAGGAAGGGAGGGCGGAGCAGAGUGGUGGUGGCAGAAGUAGAGAGCAGAUUGUUGAGGCGAUCAAGAGGAGGAGGGAGGGCAAAUCCAGAGCACAAGCCAAGGACGAAGCGCCCGAACAGAAGUUCCGGCCGAUCGGGUUCAAGCCCAUCGGUGUAGCAGGCGAGGGUGUGGAGCAGGAAACUGCGGAACACAAGUGGGUGAACGGCAAACGGAUGAGGAAGAAGAGGAAGGCAGAAGUGGUCGUCGAAGCGUCCGAUGCAAAGGACGAGACCGAAGCUCGAGUGUCACGAGCAAGGGACCAGGCCACGCGCACGCAGAAAACGGCCAAGACGAAGCCACCGCCUAACGUGACCAUUAGCAAGGCGGAGGCAUCGCGACCGACAGCUCCGGCCCAAGACAUUCCAGCGAAAGCGGAGAAAGAUCACUCGGAUCUGCAGACACGACUGGUCAACACGGCUCCAUCCGAGUCAACAGAAGGCCGGGACCUGAGAAAAGAGCCUUCAAUCGCUCCAAAGCCGAACAGUCUUCCGGUCGCAGCACCGCAUCACCAAGAUGAGGACGACGAUGACGACGAGGACAUCUUUGCCGACGUUGGUGGGUGGCACGGCAUCCCCGAAGAGAACGACGGUGACCGCCAAGAGCUCGAAAAUGACACCGAAGCCGCUCUCACGCCAACGGCUCCUGCCGCUAGCGCACCCUCACCCCUCCCCCUGUCUACACCCCCGACACGGCCAUCCGCAGCGGCCCCUCCCGAAGCGAGUUCUUCUCCAAUCGACGCCACAGCCGCCCCUCCAGCCUCUUCUCGUCCUCAACCUCCAGAAGCACCCAUGCCCGAACCCGCCGUCGAACUCCACCCUCCGCAGCAGAGAUCGCCCAUCGAACCAGACACCACAUCCCAUGUGCCCGACCCAGCGCCAUCUGCAGAAUCUCCUCCACUCAAGAAGAAAUCCAAAUGGGACGACAAUGACGACGUUUCAACCAAAAAGAAGAAGAAGAAGAAACACUGA